AUGGGCAAGUCAAGCAAGAAGUCUGCCACCAAGGUUGAGGCAGCUCCUGCUGCUGUAGUUCCAGUCUCCAAGUCUGGCAAGAAAGGAGGCAAGAGGGAAGCCGAGAAUGAGAUUGUGAAGGCAGUGAGUGCGAAGCAGAAGAGAGAUGCCUUAUUCUGUUAUUUUUCUGAAGCUGGUGAUUGGCUUGUACCUGCUCCCAAGACCAAAACUGUCGUUCCUCCUAAAAAGCCUGCUGUAGCUGCUAAAAAGGAAGAGUCUAGCAGUUCUGAAUCCUCUUCAGAUUCUGAUGAAGAUGAAGUGAGUGAUACAUCAAAUUUUCUGAUGCAGAGCCAUGUGUGUUCACUUUGUAAUAUUCCUGCUGCCAAAACUGUUGUUGCUAACAAUGGAAAAAAAGCCGAGUCUUCUGAAAGUUCAGAAUCUUCUGAAGAUGAAUCUGAGGAGGAUGAAGCUCCUAAAGUUAAAGCUCCCACAAAGUUGCCACAAGUUGUUGCUAAGAAUGGCAAGAAGAAAGAUGAUUCAAGCUCCUCUGAUACGGAAUCAAGUGAAGAUUCAGAGGAUGACGACGAAACUCCUGCUAAAGUUACUGCACCUGCAAAGAAGGUGGCUGUUCCCGCUGCAAAAAAGCCAGAUUCAAGCGGUUCUGAAGAUAGUGAUUCUGAUGAUGAGGGCACCAGUGACGACUCAUCUGAUGAUUCAGAGGAAGAAAAGCCAAAGAAUGCCAAACCUGCUACCAAAGCCUCUCAGCCUGCAGAGAGUGAAAGCAAAAGUGAAAGCGACUCUGAUGAAGAUGAAGAUGAUAAGCCACAAGCUAAAAAGAUCCCUGCCAAAGCUGCUACAAAGGAAAGCAGUUCAGAUGAGGAUGAGGAUGAGGAAAGUUUGGAAGAAGAAUCUGAGGAAGAUGUGAAGACUGCAAAGAAAAAGGACUCGGACGUAGAGAUGCCUAAAACCCAUGCUACUCCAGGGACGUCGGGUUCCAAGACUUUGUUUGCUGGAAAUUUGUCGUUCAGGAUUGAGCAGAACGAUGUGGUGUUGUUUUUCAAGAAUGUUGGCCAAGUUGUAGAUGUCCGGUUCGCCCGUAAUGCUGAAGGAACUUUCAGGGGAUUUGGGCACGUAAAAUUUGCCACUGCUGAAGAAGCACAAAAGGCUCUGGAGGAGUUAAAUGGUUCUGAUUUGUGUGGGUGUCUGGUCAGGCUUGAUUUGGCUCAUGAAAAGGGUGAAAGGGGUGCAUACACUCCUCACAGCGGCAAAGAGGGCGACUCUUACCAGAAAGGAGGACAAGGUCAAUCACAGACAAUAUUUGUAAGAGGAUUUGACACAACACAGGGGGAGGACGAGAUACGAAGUGCAUUGCAAAGUCAUUUUGGUUCUUGUGGUGAGAUCACACGGGUGUCCAUCCUGAAAGAUUAUGAAACUGGCGCCCCCAAAGGGAUGGCUUACAUGGACUUCUCAGAUGCUGAUGCUCUCAACAAAGCCUUUGAGCUUGAUGGCUCCGAUCUUGGAAAUGGUUAUUGUUUGAAUGUCCAACCUGCCAAACCUAAAGGUCAUUUUACAUGUGGACGGGACCGAUUUGACAGUGGCGGCCGUAGAGGUGUUCGUCGUGGUGGUCGAUUUGACAGUGGCGGUCGUCAUGGUGGUCGAUAUGACAGUGGCGGCCGUUGCGGUGGUAGUGAUUCUGGUGGGAGGCGUGGAGGCAGAGGCCCUAGCCUAGCAACCCCUGGAACAGGUCAAUAUCAUUAAUAUUUUUUAUGUAGUGCUUCAAGUCCUUUCAUUUUAUUUGUAGGGGUGUGUCUACUGUUUACAGAUGUUUCUCUGGCAUUGUUCUCCCAAUCUCCCUGAUUUCGUGCUUCUGGUUUUAUGUUUAUAUGACGUGUUCCAUAUUCUCAUUGUUCAUUUCUGUACUACUGCUGGGAAGAAAACGACCUUCAAUGACGAAUAGGCAAUUCCCCUCUUAACAUUUGGCGU